GAGGUGAUGACAUUCGAGAGAUAUAUAUAAUAGAAAAUUAGCUUAUUCAUUGUUAGGCUUUUAUUUCCAGAUAAUAAUUCUUGCACCGCAACACGCAAUAUUGCAUGUGUGCCUAUCGAUACUGUGAAUUGUGUUUAAACGAUAUACUUGUCUAAAGUGUUUCAUAAUAGCCAAGGACUCAGUUGCGCUGUUGCUUUGACGGCCUUGCACACAUUUCCUGCUGUUGCAUACACCUAUUUAUAAUCUGCAAUCGGUGAUAACAAUGGCUGGUAUUCCGACAAUUACAUUUUCGAAUGGAUACAAAAUGCCGAUAUUGGGCCUCGGAACUUAUAAGUCUCAGAUGGGGGAUGUGAAAAGAGCUGUUAAGGACGCAAUAGAUCUAGGAUAUCGUCAUAUUGAUACAGCUUUCCUUUAUGGUAAUGAGAAAGAAAUUGGGGAAGCUAUUCGCGACAAAAUCAAAGAUGGUAGCGUGACCAGAGAGGAUCUAUUUAUUACCACAAAGUUAUGGAACAAUUUCCAUAAAGAAGAGCAAGUCGUCCCGGCCUGCAAACAAUCGUUGGCCAAUCUUGGUUUAGAUUAUGUGGAUCUCUUUUUAGUUCACUGGCCAUUUGCUUUCAAAGAAGGAGAUGAUGUAUGGCCUUUAGAUGCUGCCGGAAAUCUUUGCGAUUCGGAUAUCGAUUAUUUAGAAACAUGGAAAGGAAUGGAAGAGUGUGUUCACCAAGGCUUAACUCGCAGCAUCGGAAUCAGUAACUUUAACUCCGAGCAAAUUACCCGUUUACUCAAAUCGGCUAAAAUCGCCCCAGUUAAUAAUCAAAUUGAAGUUAAUGUAAAUGUAAAUCAGGAGAAAUUAAUAGAUUUUUGCAAGAAACAUGACAUAACGGUAACUGCUUAUUCUCCUCUGGGACAACCCGGAAAUGUAUCGGGCAUCGACAAUAAAUUAGAUAAUCCUAUAAUAUUGCAACUUGCAAAAAAAUAUAAUAAGACGUCGGCGCAAAUAGCACUUCGAUAUGUGUAUCAACAUGGAACUGCGCCAAUACCUAAAUCUGUAACUAAAAGUCGAAUUAAGGAAAAUAUGGAAAUUUUUGAUUUUACGUUAACAUCUGAUGAAAUGAAUGCUAUUCGUAAACUCGGCACUGGACAGAGAGUAGCAUUUUUCACACCUGCGAAGAAUUUUAAAUACUUUCCUUUUAACAUUCCGUUUUAAAUCAGUAUAAAGAGAGAAAAGAAAAAGAGAAGAAGAAAAAGAG